AUGUCUAAUAUCCAUUCUUGGUUCUGGAUACCAGAUAAGCAAAAUGUUUUUACAAAGGCGCAACUGAUUACCAAGAAUGAUAAAACGGCCAAAGUUAAAUUGGAAAGAAAUGGCGAAAUAGAAGAUGUCAAAAUAUCAGAAUUAAAUGAAGUUAAUCCUGCUUCAUUUGACAAGGUUGACGAUAUGUCAGAACUGACACAUUUAAAUGAACCCUCCGUUUUAUACAAUUUAGAAAAUAGAUAUAAAGAUGAUUUAAUUUAUACUUAUUCUGGUUUAUUUCUAGUUGCCAUCAAUCCAUAUCAUCAUUUGACUAUCUACAGUCAAAAUUAUAUCAAUUUAUAUCAUGGGUCCCCAAAGGAAGAUACUAAACCACAUAUUUUUGCCACUGCUGAACUGGCUUAUAGAAAUUUAUUGCAGCAAAAACAGGAUCAAUCUAUAUUGGUUACAGGUGAAUCCGGUGCAGGUAAAACUGAAAAUACCAAAAAGAUUUUACAAUAUCUAGCAUCAAUAACCACAAGAGAAACUCAAUUGUCCACUUCCACCGCCAACAAGGAAUCGUUUGAACAGAAAAUUUUACAAAGUAAUCCGAUUUUGGAAGCAUUUGGUAAUGCACAAACCGUUCGUAACAAUAAUUCUUCUCGAUUUGGUAAGUUUAUAAAAAUUGAAUUUGAUGAAUACGGGAAAAUAAAUGGUGCCCAUAUAGAAUGGUAUUUAUUGGAAAAGUCAAGGGUUGUUUUACAAAAUUCCAAAGAACGUAACUAUCAUAUUUUUUAUCAAUUGCUAGCAGGCAUGGACCAGAAAACUUUAACUAAAUAUGAAAUUCCUAAUAAAAAGGCUACAAACUGGAACUAUUUGAAAAACACAAAUCUAUCUAUUCCUGGUGUGGAUGAUGGUUCAAAUUUUACCGAAUUGAUAGAAGCCUUCAAUACCGUUGGAUUUACAACGGAAGAACAAGAAAAUAUUUUCCAAAUAAUAUCAGCAAUUCUACAUUUGGGUAACAUUGAAUAUACAUCCGAGAGAUCCGAACAGGCUAGUAUUCGAACUGACUUGGCAUCCCUGGUCAAGUUAUUGGGGGUAGAGGAAAGGGAAUUCAAAGAUGCUAUUUUAAAACCAAAAUCUAAAGCAGGCCGUGAAUUUGUUCACAAGUCUAAAAAUGCUACUCAGUCCAGGCACAUCGUCAAUUCUCUAUCUAAAAUAAUUUAUGAAAAAUUAUUUGCCUUUAUAGUAGAACGCAUUAAUCACAGUUUAAACCAUGGUUCUAUGACAGAAAAUUUUAUUGGGGUGUUAGAUAUUGCAGGUUUUGAAAUUUUUAAAGAUAAUUCUUUCGAACAACUUUGUAUCAAUUAUACUAAUGAAAAACUACAACAGUUUUUCAAUCAUCACAUGUUUGUAUUGGAGCAAAAUGAAUAUAUGCGUGAAAACAUCCAAUGGAACUAUAUCGACUAUGGUAAUGAUUUACAACAAACCAUUGAUUUGAUUGAAGGCACAAAACCACCAGGUGUAUUGGCUUUAUUAGAUGAAGAAUCAAUACUACCCAAAAGUACCGAUGACCAAUUUUUCGAUAAAUUAAUAACCAGCUGGGAAUCAAAAUCAGAUAGAUUUAAACGUUCUAAAAAACAUAAAAUGUUUAUACUAAAACAUUACGCCGGUGAAGUGGAGUAUAACAUCGACGGCUGGUUGUCUAAAAAUAAGGAACCAUUGAAUGACCAUUUGUUAGCCGUUCUAUCCAAAUCCAACAACACCUUGAUCAAAGAAUUUUUUGAUUCCGAAGAAAUAUUGAAUACAACAGCAAAAAGUUCCAGGGGCUCCGCUUUUAGAACGCAAGCUCAGCGUCAUAAAAAACAAUUAAAUGAGUUAAUUGAACAAUUAACUUCUACUUCUCCCCAUUUUGUUAGGUGCAUUUUACCAAAUAACAAAAAGAAAGCCGCUGAGUUUGAUAGAGCUUUGAUUUUAGAUCAAUUAAGAUGUAAUGGGGUUUUGGAAGGUAUAAGAAUUUCACGAGAAGGUUAUCCAAAUCGUAUUUUUUUUAAAGAAUUUUACCAACGCUAUAGAAUCCUGGGUGAUGAUCAUACUUUCAAACCAGCCGUUAAUAAUUCCAAAAAGAAUUGCGAAAUGCUUUUAUCUUCAUUGAAUUUAGAUCCAAGCCUUUUUAAAGUGGGUAACACUAAAUUGUUUUUUAAAUCUGGUGUUUUGGCUAAGUUGGAAAAUUUUAAACAACAAAAGUUGACCAUGCUCACGGAUAGGCUUAUCGGCAUCUUCAAGGGUAAAAAGCUCAGAAAGGAAUAUUCUCUAAAAUUAAAAAAGCUUCAAGCUGCACAAAUCUUGGCUGAAACGUUUACCAAAUAUAACACUCUAACAGAAAAUCAAUGGUACCGGUUAUAUGUUAACAUUAAACCGAUGCUAUCAUCUUCAAAAGAUAUAAACAAAACAAAAAAAAUAGCUGAAACUGUAAAAGUUUUGGAAAAGAAAUUAUAUGAGGCAGUUGAACUAAACGAAAGCCUAACAAAAAAGAAUAAACGCUUGAACAACGAGCUUUUGGAGGUCAAAAAUAAAUUACAGAAUGAAUCUGAUAAAUUGCAAAACUUUCAACGACUAUUGGUCACAGUCCAACAAAGACAAAAAGAGGUGGAAUUAGAAAUUUCCCAAAAUAAAACGAAUGUACAAAAAUUGGAGCAGGAAAAGGCAGAGGCUCUGACAAAAUUGACCAAGGCAAACGACGAAAGUAACAAAUAUGAAAAACUAUUAAACGACUCUAAAAUGGCUAUCAAAUCUUUGGAAGGUAACAAAUUGCAAUUGGAACAAAAGGUAAAGUCUACCAACGCUGAAUUAGACUCAAUUAAAUCCAAAGAGUUACAAACCGUUGAAUUUAAAAAAAAACUAGAAGAUCAGCUUCAUGUUUUGAAAAAUUCUGAGAGGGAAAAGUCAGCUAUUAUCAUAGAAUUGAACCAAAAAUUAAAAGACUCAGAUGUGCAAUUGGAAGGUAAAUUGAAAACAUUGGAAAAUUCUUUUGGUAAAGCGAGUAAAAAUAUGAUGAAAUUAGUUGGAGAAAAUAAAAGUUUACGUGAACAAAUUCAGACAAUUCAAGCUGAAAAAAGGGAUAUUGCAAUGAAAUUAAAGGCAAGCCAGGAGACUAUUGAGCAUCUCAAUUCACAGACCGUGAAUCAUGCCGAAGACUUGGCCAAGGUGACCAAAGCUAGGGAUGAACUUAUAGAAGAAUACAAUAAGGUCCUGGAAGAAUUAAAAGAACAGCGUUGUAAAUAUGUUGACUACCAAAAACAGGCUGAAAAGUUAAAAGCGGACUAUGUAGAGUUGCAAAAUAAGUUUGAGGAAGAACUAAGGGCUAAAGAACUUGAAAAAAAGAAUCUAAUGGAAAAUUCUGAAUUGAACGAUAAAAUUAGUGAACUAGAAGCUGAGCUUGCAAAACAAGGUUCCUUGAAUCAAUAUCUACAUGAAAAGUUAUUGAGCAGUGAAUUAUACCCUAAUGGCUUUAAUUUUUCAAGUGGUGCCAAAAAAAAUAGUUCUUCGUAUGAAGAUUUGGCACUUCAACUAAAACAAGUAAACUAUCAAUUACAAAAGAUUAUCAAAGAAAAGGAAGAUUGUAUAUCGAGGAUAACUUUCCUAAAGACAAGAUUAGCAUCUGCUUCUUUCGAUAAUCAGAUUAUGCGCAAUCAAAUUAAGCAAUUAAAGGAAAUUGUUACUACCCAGGUGCCAAACAUUAAAGACAUUGAUGAAGUUUUGAAGACGUGUGGCCAAGUCGAUUAUAACCAAGAGAAAUUGAUUCUAGAGAUAGAUGAUUUACGGAGAGAAUUGCAAAAAGAGAGAAGGGCUCGAGAAGAUGCUGAAAAUGUAAGUAACUUAUUAAGUACCAAAAUUACUAACAUGAGCAGAGUUGAUCUACACUCUAUUGUAUCUGAUUUACAAUUUGAGCGUGGAUUACCAACAAAAACUUUGCCGUUUAGUGAUUCCUAUAAUACUUACAAUGCCAAUAGUGACCUUAUAACACGUUUCCAAAAUGAUAUUUCAAAGUAUAAAUUGGAAAAUAUGAAAUUAAAGGAUGCUUUAAAUAAUUAUCAUUCCAGAAUGAUGAACUUAAAAAACGAAUUUUUAGCCAGUCAAUCUAAGGAAAAAAUGCUACAUUCUGAAUUGGAUGCCCUUCACGAGGAUUUUUCUAUUGCUGAAAAGCAAAAUUCAUUGUUUUCAUCUACUAUCAUGACCUACAAACAGCAGUAUGAAUCUUGUGCUAAUGAUUUAAUGAUUGCUGAAACAGAAUUGAAAGAAAUCAAUUAUGCCUUGAAUCAAUCAACUAAUAAUAUCCAAAAAUUGGAAGCCUAUAUUAAAAACCUAAAGUCACAGGGAAGACAAAAUGAAAAGUUAUUGUGGGAAAAAGAUCAAGAACUAAAUGAGUUGGAAGAUCGAUUAGAUUCAAAAGAUAUUGAAUUGCAAAAGUUAAAAAAGAUAAAUAUGAUGAUGAAGGAUGAUAUUGAUGAUUUGGCUACAAGAUUACAAGACACAACCAGGGAUGACAAAUAUAUGGAGCAGAUAGAGAUGAUGAACAUUAAAUUGAACGAAUUUGCUAGAUCAGAGAUUACUUUAAAAAAGGAAAUUUCUUCGUUGAACUUUGAUUUAGAGUCUUUGGAAAAAGAAGCUAAUGAAAAAAUCUCUGAAUUGCUAAGGCAAAACGAGCAUUAUUUGGAUGUUAUUGAAGAACUAGGUGCUGACAAAGACAAUUUGGAAACUGAGGUUGAUCAUUUGACCAACAAACUAGAAUCCUUGACAAGUGAAAAUGAUAAGUUAAACGAUAGUAUUGGAAAGCUAAUUGAAGCUAAUACCAGGUUUAAGGAUGAUAGGGAAAUUUUAUUAAACGAGUUAGACGAUAAAGAUGAUGAAAUGGAAAAGAGUGCCAAUUCUACCCACAACAUAAAGAAUGAGUUGGUUUCAUUGAAAAAUACAUUAAAAGCUCAAGAAGAACGAACGAGACAAGGGGAACUUUUGUUGAAUCAAUUGAAAGAGGAUAAUGAAAACUUAGAAUUAGAACUAGAUGAGCAAAAAAAGGAGAAUAUCGAUUUGCAUGAAGAAAAUAGAGUUUUGGGUGAAGAAAACAAUAAUUUACAUUCCUUGUUGGAGAAAUUAAAACAAAAGAUACCAGAUGCAACAGAGAAAAAUGUUUGGUUAACACGUAUUCAUGAAUUAGAGGAGAAAUAUCGUAAGGAAACUGGUGCAAAAUAUGCUUUAAUGAAAGAUUAUAAAGCAAUGGAAAAAGAGGUUGAAGAUAUGACCGAAAAGAUUGAACAGCAGGCAGAGGCCUUAGUUAUGGCUAAUAGGGAUCGGGAAGACUUUGAUAAAGAGAUUAAUGAAUACUUAAUGCAAAUGAAAGAAAUGGAUAAAAAAUUAGUUUCUCAAGGGACUCACUUACACAAUGUUGAAAGAGACAAUGAUUAUUAUAGAUCAAAAGUAGCUGCAUUAGAAAAGGAAUUGGAGAUGUGGAAACAAAGAUAUACCGUUUGA